CCGCCUUUAGCUCCUUCAGUCGCCAUCAUGGAAACUUAGUAGCUGUCAACACACGAAACCAAAACAUGCAAGAACAGCCCCAAACCGAUGAGGCCCCCGACAACGUCUGCGCUGGCUGCCUCAACAUCCUCGACGAGGAAGACGUGAUCUGCGCCCUCAACCAAGAAUGGCACCUGGAAUGCUUUCGUUGCUCGGCCUGCGACGCCCCCUUGUCGAACUGGUACUUCGAGAAAGACGGGCUGUUGUUCUGCAAGGACGACUACUGGGCCAGGUACGGCGAGUCGUGCCAGCAGUGCAGCCAGAUCAUCACGGGCCCCGUCAUGGUGGCCGGAGAGCACAAGUUCCACCCGGAGUGCUUCUGCUGUAGCUCGUGCGGGGCGUUCAUCGGAGAUGGAGACUCGUAUGCGUUAGUGGAGCGCUCGAAGCUUUACUGUGGACAGUGUUACAAGAGGCAGAUGCAGCCGCUGAAGAGGACGGCGAGGUGCCCGUUCGUGCGCAAGCCGCACUCGAUAAGGCUGGUGGAGGUGCCGGGGGGGCACAAGGGGAUCAAACUGUCGAGGGAUUCGAUAGGGACGGACAACAGCCAGUGUUUCACGAUCUCAGAGAUGGUCUGGAAACUCCAAGGCAAACUCCUCCAGGUGGCUUUCGCUUUUCUAACAAACGCUAUUAACAUGUGCUGCUAUUUGCUGCCCUCACAUAGACUCGACAUGAACGACGACCUCAUGUCGCUCCACAUCGGCGACAAAAUCCUCGAAAUCAACGGCACCCCGGUCAAAGACACCGCCGUCGACACGGUGGAGAACCUCCUCAGGUACUCGGACACGGUCCUCCAGCUCACCAUCGAGCACGACCCCGACACCAUCGCCCAAAAAAUCAUCCACAAAACGUCGCUGCCUCAGAGCACCAACCCCCUCACCACGACAGCCAGUGAUACCAACAUUCCGACGAUGAAGGUGACCAUUCCGGGGGAGAGUCUGGGUGGGAGCACGGGGUCGGUGGGCGAGGUGGCGGAGGUGAAGCCGGCGAGCAAGGAGAGGUUGUUCAAGAGGCGCGACGAGGGGUACAUGAGCGGGACGAGGUCGCGCCAGCUGAGGAGGAAGAACCACCUGGCGGAGAACCGCCAGAGCUUGGACAAGGAGCGGAGCUCGUCGAUGAGUAGACUACUCGAUGAAGCUCCGAACUCCAAGCGGUGUCUAGAGUUAUCACGGGCCUACUCCUUCUUGGAACCUAGACCCCAGCAGCGCGUCUUCCGGGCCUCAGAUCUCGUCAAGGGGGAGCUCCUCGGUCAGGGCUUCUUCGGACAAGUGUUCAAGGUGACGACGCGCGACACCGCCGAGGUGAUGGUGCUCAAGGAGCUGUACCGCGUGGACGAGGAGGCGCAGAAGAACUUCCUCAAGGAGGUGGCGGUGCUGCGCAGUCUGCACCACAAUAACGUGCUCAGGUUCAUCGGGGUGCUGUACAAGGAGCGGCGGCUCCACCUGGUGACGGAGUACAUCUCGGGGGGCACGCUGACGGAGCUGAUCCACGACACGGCGCAGCCGCUCCCGUGGGAGCAGAGGGUGUCCUUCGCCAAGGACAUCGCGGCGGGGAUGGCGUACCUGCACUCGAUGAAUAUCAUCCACAGGGAUCUGAACUCGCAUAAUUGUCUCGUCAGGGAGGAUAAGACUGUGAUCGUCGCCGAUUUCGGGCUGGCGAGGAUCGUUUCGCAUACGACGAAUAGCGCGAGGAGGGUGUCGCCCAAGGCGGCCUCGGGGAGGAAGCAGGAGAGGAAGAAGAGGUACACGGUGGUGGGGAACCCGUACUGGAUGGCGCCCGAGAUGAUGAAGGGGAACAAGUACGACGAGAAGGUCGAUAUUUUUAGUUUCGGGAUUAUUUUGUGUGAGAUUAUUGGCCGCGUUCUUGCCGACCCCGAUUUCUUGCCACGGUCGAACGAUUUCGGCCUCAACCAGAACACCUUCAAGGAGAAGUUCUGCACGUCUUGCCCCGAAGCGUUCUACCAAGUCGCGUUUCUCUGUACAGAUCUCAACCCGGACAAAAGACCCCCUUUCGAGGUGAUGGAGGUGUGGCUCGAAAGCCUAUCCAUGCACCUCUCGGUGGGCAUGCCCCUCCCCCCCGACCUCCUCUUCGACAUCCAGCACUACAAGGGCGUGAGCCCCAGCUCGUCGGGCAGCAACACCCCCGACAGCAUCCCCUCGGGCCACCGCAGCCCCGCCCUCGAGCCAAUCAAAGAGGGCAAACUGGCGCCCGACAGCCCCGUCAUCAAGGUCUCCGACACCCUCAAACCCAUAAUCAAAGUCUCAAGUGCCGAAAACUUGCUAAAUAACUCGAAAAGCGAGCGCGACUUCCCCGACUACGAGAACAUCGACUUCUUGAAGAACGACUGCGCGUACGUGGGGGAACCCCAGAAGGCUAUAGGUAUAGAGAAGCUGGCCGAAACGAACAAGUUCAGCGUGAAUCUGCGGAAAGUGCCGAAGAACUUUACUCGGAAUCGGCUGGAUAAGGAGCCCGACGAGGGGGCGAAGAAGGUGUCCAAUUUGAGUCUCCAGAGCAUGAGUUUGAACUCCAUGUGUCCGUCGAGCGUGACGCAGAAGUUCGUCAAUAACUCCAUAGUACAAAAGAAGAGCAUCCCGGACGUGGUGUCGUCGACGUUGGGGCGGGCGGCGCCCCCCAAAUCCACCGCCAACUUCUCCAUAAACAAGAACAUUUUCAAGAACCCGGACAGCAACAACUUGUGCUCGUCGCGGCGGCGGUACAUGCGGGUGGCGGGCACGCCGCUGCUGCAGCGGCGCGCCGCCGCCAAGGCGCCGCCCGAGGCCGAGGCGAGUCCGGGGGUGAAGAACAUCAUCGACAAUUUCAACCGGCGCGAGGAGAUGGAGCGGGGGGCGUUCGGGAGGCGCUCGCUCAAGGUCGCGGGGAGCAAGAAGGAGGCGCCCGAGGAGUACACAAAUUUGUAAUUAAUUGAUUAACAGUGCUUUAUACGUUCCACAAUGCUCAUGUAAUCCAACAAAAUUACUAAUUAUUCUGUGAUAAAUCUGUUAAGUAUUACGAUGAAUUUAUUUUACAAAUGGAACAAUAGCGGUAUUUUUUAUUGUUUAACGUAGGAUUUAUGUGAUACCACUCACUAAUAUGUCGCUCAAGCAGUGUCGUAACAUGUAACGUACUUAUUUCCACAUUCCAUGUAUUUUUUAUGUUGUAAAUAAAACAGAGUAUUACACAA